CAGAAAGUUUACAGAUUACUGCAAAUAUCACAGCUGAUGAAAACCAUUAAACCAGAGCUUAGUACCACAUCAGAGACCAUUAGACUCUUGCAGAAGAUUUCAUUUUAUCAUAUUAUAUUAAUAUAUAUUAUGACUGUUAUGAACAUUAUCAGCUCAUUUUAGUUUUUUUCAGAAAUCAGGACUAUUAUAAAACUUCUACAGAGAGUGUUUCAUCAACAACAGCAUACUCUUGCACUCUUAUAUCUCUGUUAUUGCCACUCCACUCUCCCUAGAUCCUAAUUUACUCCCAAUGAUUCUAUACUAAGCAGUAGGAUCGUGGGUUAUUACGUCAUCACCACUGCUGGCGCUCACGGGUCGCCAUGGCAACGUCCCCAAAGCGCGCAGCAUACUAGACUAUAGUAAGUAAAUGUAGUACGCAGGUAUUUUUGGGGGGGAAAUCCUAAUAAAUCCCAAAUAAAGCACCCUAGCGUACUCAGUAGCCUAGUAGGCUGUAUGUGGAAUCAGUAACAGGUCGCUUUGGCCACCUUGACGCAUUAGUAGGCUGGAGUAGUGCGCGGAAGCAUGGCGCUGGAGGUGAACGCGAGCUGCGCGGAGUGCGCGUCCCCGCCGCCGGACACAGGCCAGCACUCCGCCGCUGUGGCUGCAACUCUGGCCGCCAUCCUCAUCUUCACCAUCGUGGCUGAUGUGCUGGGAAACGCGCUGGUCAUCCUGUCCGUCUACCGCAACAAGAAGCUCAGGAACGCAGGUAAUAUCUUUGUGGUGAGCCUUUCUGUGGCUGACCUGGUGGUGGCGCUGUACCCGUACCCCCUGGCCCUGCUGGCCAUCUUCCACGGUGGUUGGACGCUGGAUGCAGUACAGUGCCAGCUGAGCGGCUUCGUUCUGGGCCUUGGUGUCAUUGGCUCUGUCUUCAACAUCACAGCCAUUGCCAUCAAUCGCUACUGCUACAUCUGCAACACGCUGUACUACGAGCGCUACUACACACAUCGCAACACUUGUCUGUGCGUGAGUCUUACGUGGCUCCUGAGUGCCGUCGCAACGCUGCCCAACUUCCUGCUCGGUUCGCUGACCUACGACCACCGGGUCUUCUCCUGCACGUUUACGCAGACCGUCAGCUCUUCAUACACGGCGUGCGUGGUGCUGGUCCACUUCCUGAUCCCACUAGCCGUCGUGUCCUUCUGUUACCUGCGUAUCUGGAUGCUGGUGAUCAGGGUCAAAGGUCGUGUGCGGCCCAGACCCUGGGCACGGGCCGCUGACCUGCGCCACUUUCUAACCAUGUUUGUGGUGUUUGUGCUUUUCGCUGUGUGCUGGGCGCCGCUGAACUUCAUUGGCCUGGCUGUGGCGCUGGACCCAGUCAACAUGGCACCUAAGGUCCCUGAGUGGCUCUUUGUGGCCAGCUACUUCCUGGCGUACUUCAACAGCUGCCUGAACGCUGCUGUCUAUGGCCUCCUUAACCAGAACUUCCGCCGCGAGUACAAGCAGAUCUUCCUCUCACUUUGCACACCCCGAGCUCUGUUCCCCAAUAACUCCCGAUGCAACACUGAGGCCAUUAGAAGCAAGCAAUCCCCUGCUGUGACCAACAACAUCCUGGUGGAGGCUCACCUGUGAGGGGGUGGAGCUUAACUGUAUGAAUACCUUGUAUGAAAAUGGGUGAAAUUGUUAUUAGCAAGAAUUUGGUGGACGUUUAAAGACGACAGACACAGGUGUCUCUAAAGACUAUAGACUUCAAGUUUACAUCUCCAUCUAAGCAAUCACCUGUUCCAGUAUCAACCUGCUGGAUGCUCACAUUUUGAGACGGUGCUAAAUAUAAGCGAGUGGAGUGGCUUAACUGCACAACGGUAUGUGAAAUGGGUUGGAAUUUGGUGGUCCUUUGGCAAGCGCUUGAAGUAAAGACUGUAAAUGGAGACUACAGGUUGACAUUUCCAAGCAAAGCAACCAAAGAGCUACUCAGACCAAUCAUAAGCAGUGUACAAACUAGCUCUUCUUUCUGAGCUCUGUUCUUCAACAGCUUCCAAUGCAACAUCGUGGUCUAUAAACACACUAGUUACCAGCAGCAGCAACAAACUGGUGGAGGCUGGCCUGUAAGGGGGUAGCCUAAAUGUUAAUAAAAGGAAGGGCUUGACUGCACACGUGUAUGAAAAUGGGUAAAGAUUUUGGUGGAUGUUUAAAGAUGAUGGACCUAAGUGUCUUUAAAGUCUGCUCCUAUAGACUUUAAUAACAGUCUGGUGGAUGCUUAUCUUUUGGGGUGGUGCUAAGUGAGGAGAAGGGCUUACCUGCACAACAAUAUGCAAAACAGCCGCUUGAAGUAAGACCAAAGACCCAGGUGUCUCUAAAGACUCUGACCUGAGAGUGCAGGUUUACAUUUUCAAUCCAAGCAACCAAAAAACUAGCAUAUGAUCAGACAUGCUAGUGUCUACAUCACAUAAAUGACUUAGACAACUAAAAAGUUUCAUACAAUACAGCACAUCCUGUAUUCUGCAUGAACCGUGUUCUCCAGUAGAUCCUGAUGCAACACCUUGGUCUAUAAAUGCAAUAAAAAAAGAAACCCAACCAAACAACCAAACAACUAACCAACCAACAAGAUCAACAAGAACAUAACCAGGAUAAAACCAAAGCCAGAGCAAACAACUGACCAUCUCCAACCUGAUGGAGGCUCACCUAUAGUUGUGAUACCUAUAGGAACACCUAUAAGAGUUUGACUGCACAACUUUUUGAAUAUUAGAGAAGUUAAAUUUAGCAUGAUUACAUCUUCCUCAGCCUAAAAGCCUAGCACAGGCUCACCUUUGGGUGUAGGGCUAAAUAUCAGGGGUAUGACGGUAUGUAAAAUGGAGGACAUGUGGUAUAAAAUUGGUGAUAUUCUGAGGACAUUUGGUGGAUUCUGAUAGUAAGAUCCCAGACACAACUAUCACCAAAAUCUGUUAUCACAAUUCAAGUAAAAAUCCUCCUAAUAUUUCAAACACACACAACCAAAGUAUUAGCGUACAAAACAACCCAAAAGUCCUGGCUAAUUGUCUCAUCAUAGUCUUUAAGGACCAGAGUUUACACCAAACAUGUCUAGUUUUCCAGAUCUAAUGCUAAUCCAGAUGCAGUCCAGACCAAAAAGAAGCUAAAUUACAAGACUGAAGAAUGUCAGAAGGUAUUUUUCCAGCUCUUGCGAACUUUGGCGCAGGAUGAUAAUUAGCUAGAAUCAGGUCCUUAUCUUUUUCUUAUCUUCUGCAUGGAACAUCUUCAGUAUUCCAUGUUUCUCAAACCUCAGUCCUUGAGGGUGAAAACACUCCACAAUUUAUUAUUUUCUUUUUCCAACCAGUGCCUCUUCUCACCUUUGAGCUGUAUGCUAAAUUUUGUUAGGUCUGUCUGCUAGUUAGCUUCAGUCACUGGCAGCAUUUGAUAGCUAGCUAGUUAUCAAGUAAAUGUUGAGAAAUGACUGUUAAAAUUUUUUUUAAGCCAAACAUAUUGUGACAUUUAAACAUAUCUUUUGCAUACUGAUGGCUCAUGUGAGUUAUAUGUAGCAGUGUUCUCUCACUAUCUGACGCUAACAUUAGCAGUUGUGCUAGUUUGGGUCAUCUGAGGCUGCUGUUCCUCAGGCCACAUUCGAGAGAUGGAGGUUAGUUUGGAUCUUCGGGCUUCAGGGGAAGUUUUGAUUAUCAGAUCAGGAUAAAAAAAAAAAAUAAGGAAAUGAGGGUGUUGUUCAGACUUUUCCAAAAUAUCUCACAGCUUUACUCAGCAACUAAAGAGGUCGAAGACUGAUUCUCUCAAGACAAACUGACUGUUGCUCUUGUGAGGAAAACGUAAAACUAGCCAGAUUUUUAGGAUUAUAAACUGAUAACUGAUGAUAUAAUGCUGUUGGUCAGUUUUAUAAUAUCAACUCCAACACUUUGCUCUCUUUAUGAAAGCUCAUGAAGGUUUUAUUCAUCACAGAAUCGAUGUUUCAAUAAUGUUUUUGUAUUUACAUGCUUAUUUUAUGUUGAAAUUAUUAUUAUUUUUUAUUAUUAAACUCAUGUAUGAAAUUGUA